AUGUCGCAUACCGUACUCUGGCCCGGAAAGACCUUCUUCUAUCCUAUUGGAAACACGUCCCCCGUGUCCUUUACCCAGGAUCUACCGACUGGAACAUCAGCCGACAUCCUGCUGCUCGGGUGUGGAGACCCUAGAAGUAUAUUGUAUACGGUCUACAUGAACACAAACGGCUCAAAGCUUGGUCGAACUCUUGAUUUCACAUGUGUUGAUCUCGAAGGAGCCAUUCUAGGCGACACGCAAUGUGAUUCUACUUACCUUGCUCGGAGAAGAGUCAAAGAAAAGCUGCCUCUGAUCUGGAACAUCUUCUUCGAUUUCUUCAUCGACCAGCCCUCCCUAUCUCUUCUGCUCGCCCAAUGUACGAAGCUUGUCGCAGCGUCAGCAUCCCUUGAUGAGUGGAAGAGCACCUCGUACAGCCGCUCCAUAUCUUUCUGUGACGCCAACACGAUCUCUGUCGUUCGCGGGUACUGGCAACUCUAUCUCAAGAGCGCUACGCUCACAAAGGUCGAGCACAGGCGGUUCAAAGCCUCGACAGCGGAGAGCAUCAGGAAGUUCCAGCAGGAGUGGGGUCACGCCGCCAAAAGUCUCAAUUACCCGGCUACGCGCUCUGCCGGCCCACUUGCGACCCAUGCGAUGAACUUCGUGACCAGGGGCUGCCGGCGGUUCUGGGAGACGGGCGUGACAGCAUACGAUGCCGAGACAGUAGCCAAGGCGCAGCUCGUCAACCCGACCUUUCUGUACUCGGUCUGCGGAGACAAGUUUAACGUCCAUCGUCUCUCGUAUCCGCUCACUUGCUUCCAUCUCGCCGAGCCGUUUGCUACGCUUGACCUGCAGAGCACAAAAGGCUGGUCGCGUGAGCGCGAGGAGAAGUACGAGGAUGACCUGCUGCUCAAGAUUAUCAUUCCUACCGCCAAGAAGCAGUUCCUCUCAUGGUGCACAUCCUUGUCCUCUGUCCUUCAAAACGGCAAUUCUACUCCAGCAAGUGGGGCGCCGCCCGCUUCGCCCUUUGUUGUGCGAGUCUUCUGUGGAGAUGCGCUCGCUUUCUGCAAGGCCCUACGUCACUUCCGCGAUACCAAGUCGCCUAACACACCAAUCGUGAGCGCACUUUGGAAGACUACAUGUGUUACCUUCGACAGCCAGCCCUCGGAUGCGAUUCCGCCCCUUCCCACCGCGUUCGACGUCGUUGAUACCUCCAACCUCUCAGACCACCUCGGUCUGCUCAACAUUCUCACCCACGCCGGCUCACUGUUGCGGCGUCUCUCAAGCUUUGGAGCGCUUUACACCGAAACGCUUCUUCCGGAAGGCAAAGAGGCGCACAACGGCUUACUCGAGCGCGCAUGCUGUGAUUUGAGCACACUUUCGCUCCUCAUUGGGCUUGUUCCGACGACGCUGGUAUCCGGAUUCACUACCCAAUCCAACGUUCACGAGGUACUCAUGUACCAAAUCAUCCGCCAUAGCGCUCGAACUGCACCAGAAGACACGGACGUUCGAGAAGUGCUGGAGCAGUACCACGAGCGGCUAGUGUGGCGUCGUCCCAUGCCCGGGGACGUGAAUGCCCAUGUUAUCCCUGGUCGCCCGACAUUCGCGCACAGUGAACUUGCAGGGGCAUUGUUUGGUGUUUACUUGAAGAUGUUCGCCGAUGAAGACAUGAAUAACAAGUUCAAGAACUUCUUCUCUUCACCCAAGGAAGCAGUACUCACGGAGAUGAAGCACCACAUCCACUACGUUCGCCGUUCAUUUGCAGAGUUUCUUGACGCUGUACACGGCCAGGUUCUCGGCAACUGGACACGUGUCAUAAGCGAGCUGCUCGACCUGAUCAGCAACGACCGAAAGCUGCUAUCAGGUUCCAACUUCUUCCAAGAUCUCUGUGGUCAUUUACAUCUCCUCCGACUGCAUACCGCCGACCUCGUUCAACCAUCUAAGAUUGCGUACCACCGCCAAAGAGCAGCGGCGAUGGGUGGCAAUGCGUACCGGGGAUGGUGUCAAGUCCCGGAAAUAGUCUGGGUCGUGCUUACCGUUCCGAGGUCGCUCUUGCGCACAGUCGAAGGCAUACUCGACGAGCAAGGAACCCCGAUAUUGCAGUGCGAGGUAUUCGGCGUCCAGGCGUCCAACAAUUAUCCCUCUAUCGGCCUUGCAUACGGAAAAGCAGUGGUGGGACAAGUAGGCAGCAAUGCGGACAAAAACGACAAGAGGGUGAGCAUUGUAGUGGACGAGAAAGGAAGACAUGGGACGUCGGACCUCGUGGCUGCAUUUCAGGCGCCAGCGUUGGCAUUGCUAGUUGAGCCACAGAUGUCGGUGGCCCUCGCUGUGCGAUCAACCCCACACAGCGCUUCACCAAAGCUCAUAUCUAAGAUCGGAAUGCGUCUGCAUAUAUUUGCUAGCCGCGUUGACGACGAGCGGCAUGUGCAUAUUCUCCCUAGCUCGCCAUUCUUUACCUCGACAGCUUCAGGUGUACAGGCUGUUGCCGGCCCGAUUGCGGACGAGGGCACGGAGCCAAGCCUGCAGAAGGCUGGGACGACGAACGUGGACGUCUCCAUAGACAACAAGUGCGAUACAGUGUCCUCGAUGACCGUUCGGGUUGACGUCGUCGAGGACGGGGCAAAAUCUAGCUUGCUACGAGGAGCGUCAGUGACGAUGGAGACUACGACAGUGCAUACCGUCCGAGUAUCUUGGAAAGGACACGUACAAAUGCAUGUCUUCCCUCUCCCAGUCGAUUUCGACCGUGCUAGACUUCGCAUCGCCCGCAAGUCAUCAUACACCGAGGUAAGCACAUUUGUCAUAAUAGCACCCAUCUCAACGACUGUGAUAAUGCGCAACGUCAGGUUUCCUGUCUUCUUGACGGGGAAAGGACCUGCACUCUGGAACAUGCACCGAGUCGUCUUGGACAAGCUACCGCUCCUCAAACUAUCCGGCGCCGUCAGCUCGCGCAUAACUGAUUGGCUGAAUCCACAUGUCGUACUGUACUUACGCUUAUAUCAAGAAAGCCAACAGCCCGAGAACGACGCUCGACGGGCCAUGGUCGCCCUAAAACAAUCUCUGCAUGACAUCCUCCUUGGCGCCGCCGGCACUGACGGAAAACUUGCGCCCUGCGUCAUAGGGCUCGAUCAUCCCUCGGUCGGGUGCUAUACUCUCAUCUUCGUCGCCAGCUUGCGCCUCGACCUUUCCUCGCACACUAUCGUCGCAGACUCGUGGGUCGUGCCCCUGAACGAACGUCUGGUGUCACAGCUCGCCUCUGCUCUGGGAGCGAUCGUUCCAGAUGUCGGCCACUUCACGACCGAGCAAGGCGCGAUGGAGCUCUGGAAACAUUUGUUGCCCGCGGUCACGGAGCGCUGUCGCACAUGGGAGCAUAAGCCAGACUGUGAAUAUCAACGCAACGCAACCAUACCCCUGACUUUGGUGGUCGACGAAAUUCCAAUCUGCUCGUGCGGACGUGGCAUAGGAGCUACAGAGGUACCUGCUUUCCGCAAGGGCCCGUGGAGAGCGUUCGCGCCGUAUGCCACGAGAGCGGCACUGAGCCCGCUGUUUGCUGUGUCCUAUCUCGAGAGUGUGGGUGGACUGGUGAUGGAUAUGAAGCUGGGCGAAUCAACCGAAGGCUGUAGCGCUUGUGGUGGACCAGGUAAACCGACGCUAUUGAUAUGCGGCAGAUGCAAGACAGCGAGGUACUGUUCGACGGAGUGUCAACACAAAGACUGGAAGAACCACAAGUCGAUGUGUAAAUGAGGUGGCGUAAACUACAAGUUAUUUGUCAUUUCUCU